AUGAAGAUGCUGGAAGAACAGUUGGUGUCCUCAUGUACACCGGAGAGAAGGGAAACUACGCAGGAAGAAGAGAAAGCUUCUUCCGAUGACAUGAUGGUAGAGGAGCAAGGGGUGGCGACGAACCGAUCUCCGUCUUACAACUCAGAUGAGCCGAUGCAGACUCUGAUCGCCCCACAAGUUCCCCCAGCAGAUCCCUACCUGCUUGUGCGCGAGCGGUGGCCUGCUGCUAUCAAGCUGAGAAGCCGCUGCUUCUCCUUUCCGAAACCCUCCCAUCGCAGGAACGGCCGGCAUAUUCUCUACCUGAUACGCAAAUCGAGGAGGGUAUGCGACAACCUUGCGCUGUCGCAUGCGCUGUGGAUCUCUGACAAGCUCAAGCUUCCGCUCCUUGCUAUGGUGGUGACACAGCGAGAGGGAGAUCGCGAGGGCAACGGGACGAGUGAGACGACGAAGAAACGAAUAUCGAGAAAGAGGGCGUUUGAAACCAGUGCGAUAUGCUCGUUACGACACGCUCUUGCUGCUCUACAUGUCCCUCUGAUAGGCUUCGAGACAGAAAGCCCGUGGGUCUUGUUGGUGCAAUGGGCCGUCGUGACUGAGACGCACAUGAUCAUCGCGGAUGACGUCGACUUCGAUCCCUCGCUCGUCAAGGCCCCACCCGAUGACGUCGAGUUCCCCUGCCCCUUCCACGGCAUCGACUCUGACAGCAUCUUUCCCCAACAUCUCUACGCUGCAUCGCUGGCGGAGGAGACGUUGGGGGACUGCGUGAUGAGGAGGCGCAGCGAGGCUUCGAAGCUUGUCGCUCCCUUCCGUCUGGGAGGAAGCAGCCUACCUGAGCAGAAGAAAGGAUCACCGAACAAGGAGCAGAUUCUUCCUCUGCGAGCUGCGAAUCUCGGGGUGCAAGCAGGGCUCUUCUGCAAGCCGACGUGUGGGGUCAACCCGUUAGAGCAGGCGAUUCCUUCCGCAGACCUCGCGGAAUUCUUUUUGAACUGGCCAGUCUACGUCAACAAGGAAGUGGGAGAAGCCAUGGAGAAACGAAAUGUCUCGACCGUCCGGAUUGACUGGGACGGAGUCAAGUCAGAGCUUCAGGACUGGAUAAAGCUUGAAAGAGAAAGGUGCCCCGCAAGCGUCGAAGCCUUCACCUUGAAUUCCUGCGAGGAGAAAGCUUUGCCGUACUUGCACCAGGCUUUGCUGGAGUCGCUGCAGGACAGCUCAAGCAUUCCCAAGACGCAGCAGAGAAAGUCGGAUCGUGUCCUGGCAUUUCCCUAUUCUCAUGAAGACGAAGGAGAAGCACUCUACGAGGAGCUCGAGAGCUGCCUGAGCUCGGGCGUCGUCUCCUCCUGCAGGAACUUGAUUUUCUCAUCCUCCCUCGCUUGA